CCUCCUAACCUGGUUGACUCGUUGGAGUGCAUUUCAUGCAUUCUUAGCAGAUAGGCUGAAGGAAACGCCUCAUUCAGUGCAGCUGGAGGCUAGAAAGUGUGGGGAGUUCAUGAACGUGGCUUGUCUUCUGCAGUCGCUGCAGUGCACACAGAGCUGGCCGGGCCCAGGAAGGAUCCCGAUCUGCUGGACACAACAUGAGUGUCGCUCAUCUGGAAAAUCUGACUGACAGUGAGUUAAGGUGAAGCAACUAAUUGCUCUUAAAAGUCUUUUUGUUUUGGAGAUCUGUGCUGAAAGUGAUUAAGGUACUUCAGACUUUACCUUAUCUAAAAAUUAUUAAUUUCAGCUCUAAUGUAGUAUAGUGGGGUUUGGGGUUUUUGUUGCUUCUCUUUUGUUGAGGUUUUUUUUUUUUUUCACUUUGUCAUUGUUUUUUGAACAACACAAAAACCUAAAUUGGACAAAGCAUUUUGAUAACUUCAGCCCCCAAAUUCAUUCAGGGAUAGUGCCACCUCUGAAUUAUUUUUUUAAGUGUUUCAGUUCUUUCAGAGGGCACACUUGCACAGUACUACAUCCUAAGCCCAGACUUACAAAGUCAGGGUGAGAAAUGAAAGCUGGUGGGUAGAUAUGCCAAUUCUGUCCAAGUAUUUCAUUUUAGAAGUAUCUAAUAGGAAAAUCAGUAAAGAGGUGCAUGGAAAAAGCAGAAAAACAGAGAAUCUACUCCUACUAAUGAGUGUUCUUCUGGCCCCUACCAUUUUUGGGAGGAAGCUGAGCUCGCCACUCACUAGGCACUUGAAGUUGAAUAUUGUCUCUUUGCCCUGUCUGGCUUUUUUGGUUUGUGUUUUUGGGUUUUGUUGUUUGUUUUUGGGUUUUUUUUUUUGUUGUUUUUUUUUUGCAGGGACUGUUGGUCAUUGAAAAUGGAAGAAACAAGGAAGCUUUCCCCAAAGCUGAGUAAAAGCAAAGAGCCUGUGAAAACAGAAUGGGGAUCUCAGAGCGUGGUGUUCACCUAUUUCCAAGGGGACAUUAACAGCAUGGUAGAUGAACAUUUUUCUAGAGCUCUCAACAAUGUCAAGAACCCCCAAGACCUGAGCACAAAGCACAGGGGUGAGACUGUUGUCCUGAAAAACGACAACAUGUCUCCCCAUCAGUGGAAUUUCUCUUCGCAUUGCUACAAACCAUAUCCAUCAUCUUCUUCAACAAGCAUGGCAACUUCUGCUCUGAAUUUUUCUGCUGCUGGUGUGGUAGGCCAGUGCCAGCCAUCGCCUCUGCGGAGUCAUCCAGCUCAACCUGCAGAUUUAUGGCCCUUCCCUCCAACUGGGACUCCCAGUGUCACUGGUUCAGUGUAUCCUCACACCCUCCCUGACCUGCAUGCAGCCGAUGAGCUGAUCUCUGACAGGAAAUACAGUUCUCUUCUUGGCCUUCUGCAACAGGAAAGGUGCUUAACAUCCAUGCAAGAAUGCACCAUGAAGCAAUACUCAAGUUCUGCUUGUAUGACUGGACCUGCGAGGUUACAAAAUAUGAGUCAAAGUUCAGCUCCUGGGGGAGAGAGGAAAGGAAGCUCUUACCAAGGCUCAGAAAAUCCCAGUGUAAGCCAUGCCACUGCAGGUAUUCAGAUUCAUGACAGAAGACGAGAUUUGUACUUCUAGCAACUGAAUGUUUCUACUUUAUUCUGAAAGAGAAAGUUAUUUCUGUGAACUUUUAUUAUUUGCAACUGUGAAUCAAGAAGAAAUGAACUGCAGCUAUCCUGUGUUUUUUUCUCUCAGCUGGAAGAAUACAUGUACUAUUUACUGUGUGGGGAAUGACAAAAUAAUCCUUUUCUAUACAGUAAUUUCUAUACAAUGAUUUCUAAUGUUUGAGGUAUUAACCUGGGCAGUAUGUUUGUUGUGGCCAUAUAUUGUCAAUUUAAGACUUUUCAUGUAGGUCUCUUGAAAGGACUCCUGCCCUUUUUAAUCUUUCUAUGUUUAUUAAUUUACCACUCCUGAUAAGAAGAGCAAUUCUUAUCAAUGCAGUUGAUAACCCAUAAAUGCAGGGAUGCAGUUAGCAUAUUUCAAUGCUGGACCUUCUUAGCUUGAUUUGAUAUCUACAUAUAAGACUGUUUAAAACAGUCUUAGGCCACUGGCAAGAGACUUCAACCACAGGCCAGCAAAGCACAUUAUUUAUGCUGCGAAAGUGCUGCAAUUUAUGACCAUAUUUGCAAUUCCUAGGGAUACUCUUCAGAAGUAUAUAAUAUACUUAUGCCUGAAGGCUCUGUUUUGUCCUCUCACUAAUGUAUCAUCAUCCUCUAGAAAGCAGUGAAUUCACAGGAGCUCUGAGAGGAAACCUUGGUUCUCACUGGGUGCAAUUAAAAUACCAUUCAGCAAAAAUCUGCAGGUUAGGAGUGUUCUAUUUUCCCAGCCUCUCUGCAGAUGUAAGAGAUUCCUUUUGUAAAUAAGCUCUGUGGGUUUAUCUUUU